AAAGCAAGCCAAAAAAGGAAAAUAUAUGAAAGAGAUGGAGAGAUAGGAAUACAGAGAGAGAAACGGGGAAGAGGAAGGGCACUUUAUUCCUUUUUUUAUGAUACACGCAUCCUUGGCAGAACAGCCAAGGGUACACAGUACUGCUACGACACAAGGGUAGAAGAGGACCAACAAGCAGCAGCUUCAGCCCAUUAACUUCCCCCAAAAGAGAGGGAAAAAAUAAUUUCUUUGAUGGAACUGAAAAAUAUGGAUUGUUGGCAAGCCUGAGUAAGGGGGGGAUAAUAAGGAUGGAGGUUAAGAGGGAGAAGGAACAAGGUGACGGAUGACAAAAGGAGCUAGUUUGGUGAAAUGGAUCUUUUUUCUUUUCAUUUUUUGGUCGAAGUUGGGGGAGAUUGAUUUUAUGGGAUGCAAAGAAAGGCUAAAGGGGCGGUGGAACUCCCGGGUUUUGCUUCGAUUUGUCAACAAAACAAGUGGAUAAAGCAACGAGAAGCUAAUAGCUUUAACUUUGAAAACAGCUUUUACUACAACAACGAACCAGAACCAACUUCUGUUCUUCAUUUAAGAAGAAGCCAAAGCCCACCCACAUCAGCAUCCACUCUCUCUUCUUCUUUUAACGGCGGAGCCACCGGUUCUGGAGGCGGAGUCAGUUCCACCGGAAAUAUCAACACCACGGCGGCCACCAUAGCACCUCCUGAGACUACAGCUCCAAACAAUAGCAAAGAAGAAUGGGCCUCGGAGCUUCAACCUAUCCCGAGUGAACUAGACCUUGUUCCAGGGCCUGGAGGCUCUCAGAGAUGCAAUAGCGGAUUGGAAGAUUGGGAGACUAUGCUGUCUGAGUCAGCCGUGUCUCUGAAUCAAGACCACUCGCUUCUGCGUUGGAUUGCUGGUGAGGUGGAUGACCCUUCCUUCGGUCUCAAGCAGCUGCUUCAAAGUGGGAGUAGUGGUCCUAAUCAGGGUGUUGAUUUUGAAGGCAAUGCAGGGGUGGGGGCUGUUGAUCAGGGUCCAGCGUCUGACCCAAUUGGUAGCCUAAUUUCUUCUGGUUCUGGCAAUGGGAUUUCAAAUGCUGCUCUUAAUUUGGGAGGUUUUCCUGGUUCUGGGUUUGUGCCGAAUGCCAACAAUGAGAAUGAACCAAGUUGUUCUUCAGUUGAGCUUGUUAACAAUAGCAAGGUUCUCGGUGCUACUGUUGGGUCCAAUUGUAACAUUCAAAUUCCAUUGUUUAGCUCUCCGGCUAGCAAUUUUGGCCUUCCUGUUUCUUUGCCUAUCCUUUAUCAACAGCAGCAUCAAGAAGAGAAACCUCGGAUUUUCAUUGGUCCGCAACAGCAUCCCCAAUAUCCGAACUUUUUCCUGCCAUUGGCUCAAGAACAUCACCUCCUCCAGCCUUUACCACAGCGCCUCCAUUCUGGUAACUUAGAACUUUCUUCUCAGAUCCCAAAACUCCCCUUUGCUGAUGCCGGGCAUGAGUUGUUUACGAGAAAACAGCAACAGCAUAUGGGGUUUUCUCAGGGAGUCCAGUAUGUUCCUCAGCAGCAGCCGCUGAUGGUCGAAAAGAAGAGAGUGCUGGUCCCAGGAGAGGAGAUGGCUCAGCCACAGCAUCAGUACCAGUUACACCAGCAACAACAAGCCACAUUGUUCGACCAGCUUUACAAGGCUGCUGAGUUGGUAGGGACUGGGAAUUUUUCACACGCGCAAUUGAUAUUGGCGCGGCUCAAUCAACAGGUCUCCCCUGUAGGUAUGCCCCUCCAAAGGGCUGCUUUCUACUUCAAGGAGGCUUUACAAGUACUUCUCCUCAUGAAUAACCCAGUCUCUCCCCCGCCUCCAAGGAGCCCCACCGCUUUCGAUGUUAUCUUCAAAAUGGGGGCUUACAAGGUCUUCUCUGAAGUUUCUCCGCUCAUCCAAUUCGUCAAUUUUACUUGCAAUCAGGCUCUCCUUGAAGCUCUUGAUGAUACUGAUCGGAUUCACAUUGUGGACUUUGAUAUUGGUUUUGGUGCUCAAUGGGCUUCCUUUAUGCAGGAGCUUCCCAUGAGGAGUAGAGGAGCUCCCUCAUUGAGAAUUACUGCCUUUGCCUCCCCUUCAAUGCACCAUUCUAUUGAGCUUGGGCUUAUGCGUGAUAUUCUUAUGCAAUUUGCUAAUGAAAUUGGUCUAAGUUUUGAGCUUGAGGUGGUUAAUUUCGAUUCUUUAGAUCAGAACCCUCAUUCUUUGCCAAUGUUUCAAUCAAAUGGAAAUGAGGCAAUUGCUGUGAAUUUCCCUGUUUGGUCUUGUUCGAAUCGGCCCUCUGCUUUGCCCCAUCUUAUGCGCUUUGUGAAGCAGCUUUCACCAAAAAUUGUGGUGUCUUUAGACCAAGGGUGUGAUAGAAAUGAUCUGACAUUCCCACAACAUGUGAUCCAUGCCUUUCAGUCAUAUACAAACCUAUUAGAGUCACUUGAUGCUGGUAAUGCGACAUCCGAUGCUGUGAACAAGAUUGAGAGGUUCCUUUUUGUACCAAGGAUUGAAAGCAGCGUGCUGGGGCGUCUGCAAACACCUGAGAAGAUGCCUCUUUGGAGCACACUUUUUUCCUCAGCUGGAUUCACCUCUGUAACAUUCAGUAACUUCACUGAAAAUCAGGCAGAUUGUGUGGUGAAGAGAGCUCAAGUGAGGGGAUUUCAUGUUGAGAAGCGCCAGGCUUCACUUGUUCUUUGCUGGCAGCAAAGGAAUCUUAUCUCAGCUUCAGCUUGGAGGUGCUGAGUAGCAAACUCAGACAGGCAGGGGAGGUUGGUUUAUUUUAGUAUCUCACAAUCUAUCAGACUCUAUCUGGAAGAAUUAAUUAAGCCAAUAAUCAGUAAAUUCUUCAGCUUUUAUGACUUAAUACUCAUUCAUUGUGGUAUUUGUGAGUCCCCUCUACUUGUUUGUCUAAUGUAGAUGCAAUUCCCGGUAGAAGAAAACAUUUGACUGCAAAACUCUAGUAUGUGCCUUUUGUUUUGGACAUAUUGAUGUUGCUGCUAUGGUAUUCUGGUUUCCUUUGUUUGUUUUUUUUCUGGUGAGAAGCUGAUUCAUUUCCUGGUUAAGGUGGUGACAGUUGUUGUAUAUUUGACAACAACCACUUCUGAAAUUGCAAAUACAACUUACUGGAAUUUCGUUUUA